UAACUACAUCAAAUGCGUAACGGCGUAGCCAAUAGGAGAUAUGUGCGAUCGAGUUCGGUCAGUUACACACCCACAUUACUUUCUGUCAACCACUAUUUAGCGGGAGUUGUAGCUGUGAAACCAAGCGUCCAUACAGCGGAGACAACCGGCGUUGGAUUAAUUAGGGCAACCAUGUCUGACAGAAAAGCAGUCAUAAAAAAUGCGGACAUGUCGGAGGAGAUGCAGCAGGACGCAGUGGAGUGCGCCACGCAGGCACUGGAGAAGUACAACAUCGAGAAAGACAUCGCUGCAUACAUCAAGAAGGAGUUUGACAAGAAGUACAACCCCACCUGGCAUUGCAUCGUAGGGAGGAACUUUGGCAGCUAUGUGACCCAUGAGACCAAGCAUUUCAUCUACUUCUACUUGGGCCAGGUGGCCAUCCUGCUAUUCAAAUCUGGCUAAGCGGCCAGCGGCCCCAGCCCCUUCAACACCAACUGACCAUUAAAUACUGACUCGACAGAAAGGCUAUCACCCUGGUCAAUGGGGACUGCCCUUUUCUGUGCUGCUUUGUUUAAGAAAAAAAAAAUACAUGGCCAUGUGAGAUUAAACACUUGUAUUUAUUUUUGUUUUCUACUACAGUAGAUUUGAUGUCACCGGUUUUUAUUUUUAUUAAAGCGAUAUUGUUUGGCUCUG